AUGGCGACGGCAUCAUCCACGUCGAAAACGCGCUUCGUCGCCUCAACGUUUCCCGAGAACCCUCUCCCGACAGCCAACUUCGACCCUCCGUCAUCCUGCUCCGGAGUCUACUGGACGAACAGCGUCUUCGCCUUUGACAACGACCCAGCAUGCCUUCCCAACAAGUUCAACGGUGCCAGCACCGCCUUCUACUCCCCAGGCACCGCCUGCCCGACGGGAUAUACCGCCCAACCGCAGUGCUCCAGAAACAACGGCGUCCGAUCCGUGACCACGGUAACCUGCUGUCCUGCCCGCGGGGAUAUCACGUUGUCGUGUGUGGAGGACGACCUGACCUUGUCCGAUAGAUGGGAGACACAGUUCUGUACGUGGAUGGCGGGUCCGGCUACGGUUGUCGAGUUCACUGUUGUCGACGGCGGAAGCACGACGAAGAGCGCGGCGACGAUGAGCAAUCGAGACGGUAUCAACGCGUACGGGAUCAGGAUGGUCUACGAGGCGAGCGACCUCGUGCCGAACACGGCAUCCGCCACCGCUACUGGCACAGAUGCCGCGGGGGCCACGAGCUCUGGUGACAGCGGCAGCAGCAGCGGCAACGACAGCUCGUCCAGCAGCGGACUUUCAACCGGCGGAAUCGUCGCCGUGGCGGUGGUCGUGCCCGUCGUGGUCAUCGCUGCUCUACUGGGGCUGUUUUUGUGGUGGCGCAAGAGGAAGCACGCCUAUGCCGGCGUGCAGCAACAGCAGCCCGGACAAUCCCCGUCGCAGCAGAACGCGUACGCCUACCCGAACAGUACCAACUACCAGGGCAGCAACUAUGCGCCGAGCGAGAUGGCGGGAGGGAGUGUCGCUGGGUAUUACCAGAACGAUAAGGUGCUGCAGCCUGGGCAGCCGGGCGCGGCGGGACAGCAGUUUAAGGGGUAUCCUCAUUCGACGCCGGCUGCCCCUGCUGAGUUGCCCGUUGGAGAUGCGCCUGCGGAGUUGGAUGGAGGUGGAAGGUAG